UCGCCAUCCUUGAGCACCUAACAAACAGGAGCGAGUCUAAACCAAACUCGUUAGCCGAAGUUGCAAUACACAUACUUCUAGCUGUGCUAGGACACGUCAUGGCAACCAUAAUUGCUGGUGCCAGUCCAGCCAUGCAAGAAGCAGCAAAGACGCCAACCGCCUCGCCGCCCCGCGCCACAGCCGCCUCGACAGCUUCGCCGGCUCGCUACCGGCCGUCGCCGUUGGUCAUAUUCAGCGCCUGCCUCGUCCUGAUCGGCGCCGGCGGGCCGCUCCUGCUGCGGGUCUACUUCGUCCACGGCGGGCAACGCCUGUGGCUCUCCGCGCUUCUUCAGAUCUCCGGCUGGCCGCUCCUCCUCCCACCCCUGUGCGUCUCCCUCUUUCGCGGUCGCCGCCACGGCAUCGCCAACCUCCUCCUCCCGCCGCGCCUCGUCGUCGCGGCCGCCGUGCUCGGCGGGUUCUACGCCGUGUCGUGCUACGUGUACGCGAUGGGUUCGCAGGCGCUGCCGCUGUCCACCUCGUCGCUGCUGCUCGCGACGCAGCUGGCCUUCACGGCGGUGUUCGCGUUCCUCUUCGUCGGACUCCGCUUCACGCCCUUCUCCGCCAACGCCGUCCUGCUGCUCAUCAUUGGCCCGGCAGUGCUUGGAGUCGGGCCGGGAGCCGGGAAGCCGGCGGGCGUGACAUCCAAGGCGUACUGGACCGGGUUCUGCGAGGGCAUCGCUGCAGCGGCGCUCGCCGGGCUCGUGCUGCCGCUCGUCGAGGUCUCCAUGGAGCGAUACGGACGCCGGACGGGACCCGCGGCGAGGGCGCCGCCUCCCUACUCCACGGUCAUGCAGAUGCAGGCCGUGAUGGGAGCCGCCGGCACGCUGGUGUGCCUGCUCGGCAUGGCCAUCAAGAGCGACUUCGGAGCGCUGCGAAGCGAGGCGGCAGCUUUCGGGCUCGGCGAGACCAAAUACUACCUGGUGCUCGUGUGGGACGCCGUGUCAUGGCAGCUGCUCAACCUCGGCAUCAUGGGGCUCAUCACCUGCGCCUCCUCGCUUCUCGCCGGCAUCAUGAUCGCCGUGCUCCUGCCGCUUUCCCAGAUCCUCGCCGUCCUCUUCCUCCACGAGAAAUUCGACGGGCCGAAGGGCAUCGCGCUCGUGCUCUCGCUCUGGGGCUUCGCCUCCUACAUGUACGGCGAGAAGGUCCAGCAGAAGAAGGCGGAGGCGCAGAAGAGCGAGUUGCUGCAGCAGCAGGUGGCGAGCAAAACCGAAGACAUCGAGCUGGCUGCCCCUUGAAUGCAAACAAGUUUUGUGUGCAGCUGUGUAUGUACUGGUGUAUAGUAAUUUUUUCUUGUUGCCUUUCAUACAUUGUGUACGUGAUUGUUUCAUUUUAGGUAGCACAAACAAGACAAAUUAAGUGCUAGUACGAUUCAGUUAAUAAACGUUACAAUUCAGAAAUGUUCAGUUCUUGCUGAUGAGUACAGUACAAUAUUGGCGCUGCUGCUAUUCAAAUGUGGGAGUAGAAAUCUUUUUCUGACUUCUGUCAUCGAACUUGUAACAGUGAAACUUUCAGAAAUUAUCAUCUCGAUCGAAGAGUAAA